UCAGAAUAACCCGACGCAGGCCCGCGCCGCCCGCCUGCGCCACGUUGUGACGUUACCACUACGUAAAUAUUUAAUUAAACUACAAAUCAUAACAUCAAAAUAUUAAGAGGAUUCGAUAGUUUUGAUUUACGACAUUUGUAUUGAGUUAGAUCGUGAGUGAUUGUGGGGAGGCGCUUGAGGGUCGCAGUGUGUUAAUUCGUGUCGGAAAUGUCUCGGCGUGAACUGAGGAGUGAUAGGAUUGAGUACCCGGCGCCUCCGCCUAGCAAAUGUGCGAAAUUCCUAUACUACACGUGGAAGCUAUGUUCGGUGGUUUUCUCGCACUUCGUGAUGAUCAGCCUGGUCGUGGCUUACUGCAUCCUCGGAGCCGUCAUCUUCGAGAAGCUGGAAGCGGAGCACGAGAAAGAUGUCAAGAUGAAUAUAUCACAAAUACGGAAGAACACUACCCAGAGCAUCUGGACCAUGACCAAGAGCGUGCCCCUGUUCAACCACACGAACUGGACUUCCUCCACUGUUGACAUGCUGAAGGACUUCGAGAACGCCAUACUCCUGGAGAUGAAGGUCCGUGGCUGGGACGGGAAUGAGAGCACACACCACAUACAGUGGACGUUCACCGGGGCCCUCUUCUACUCCAUCAUCGUCAUCACUACCAUCGGUUAUGGUCACAUAGCUCCUAAGACCCAGACCGGGAAGGUGUUCACAAUAUUCUACGCAAUCCUGGGGAUUCCGUUAAUGUUGCUCUGCUUAUCCAACAUCGGUGACGUCAUGGCUUCCUCGUUUAGGUUCCUAUACUGGCGCGUGUGUUGCUAUGUGUGCACUCGACCACCAAAACGCAAGAGCAGACACCACCACGCCAACACGAGGCGUUCAGUGCGCGGUGGCAGUGGACGAGGUUCAACGCGAAGAAAAAAGCCUCCUCUUGAAAGAUCACAUUCGGACACUGACUGCAGGUACCGCGACAGUGGGUACAGCAGCGGCAGAGUCAAGAGGUCUCGUCCACCGCCAUCCUUGCCGCACCCAUACAACGCUAGGACCAGAUCUCAACCACCCACACUAGCAAGAGGAUAUGGUGCAAGAGAGUUCGAUGUAGAAGAUAACUCUCCGGUCCGUUACGAGCGGCAUCCAGCACGUAACAGAGAGCUUCCAGAAGAAGACGAAGAUUUUCCAAGGAUUGCUUUACCGCUCCAAGACCUAGAAGCCGCAUUAAAAGAAUUGGAAGACCACCAAAAGAAAUUCACUUCCAAAACGGACAUCCGAAGUAAAUCAUUACCCCGACCUUCCAAACCAAAGCCAGACUUUGGUCCACGAAGAGAGAUUGAUGAUAGAUACUAUGAGAUUGAGGAUGGUAAGGAUAUGUUUGAGAUGCACGACCUGUAUGAAGUGGACUAUGAGAAUUACAAAGAGAGGAAAGCCUUAGAAAUAGAAAGAAGGAGAGAUAAUGAUUACGGGUACAGAGACAGAGGGUAUGAUCCUGAAGAUGAAGAUUUUGAAUUUGACAGUCCUAGAAGACGACCUAGGCCUGAAUGGAGAUCAGAUCGUGGUCGUUCAGAGAACUAUGAACGUGACAGAGAGGAAUACGGGUGGGACAAAAGACGACAGAAGAGGGCUCGCAGUGCUAUUUACGAAUACGAGCAGAAAUGGGAAGAAGAGAGGGAAGAAAGAAGAGACUAUGAAGCUGGUCGGGGGAGACGAUUACGAAGACUUCAGACGAUUGAUGAUAGUCCACGAAUACAUCACAGAUAUAGUCCAUCACCCGAUAGAGAUGAAUGGAGUGAUGAAGUGGUACCGAGAAGGUCGCGACCAGCACAAGCUUGGGGAUCGAGACAGUCUGAGCUGUACGUGCCGCCGUCGGACGCAGUUAAAGAAGAGCUGAAGCCGGUUCCGAUCUGGCUGUGCGUUUUCCUGGUGGCUUCGUACAUAGUAGCCGGUACAUUCCUGUUCAAGCAAUGGGAGGGGUGGGCGUACCUCGACGCGGCUUACUUCUGCUUCAUAACCCUCACCACUAUAGGCUUUGGUGAUUUCGUGCCAGCUCAGGGUCAAGAGGUAGACGACCCAGCGGCAGCCGUCCAUUCUAUCGCACUCUGUUCAUUGUACCUACUCUUCGGGAUAGCACUACUCGCCAUGUCCUUCAACUUAGUGCAGGAAGAAGUACGAGCCAAUGUGGCGUCUCUUGCUACCAAACUUGGUAUCAUCAAGUCAAGGGAUCAGCCUGAGGACUCCGACUCUGAUUGAUUCAGUGUUUCCGAUUUCUUUUAAUUAAAAUGUGAAAUAUUAGAUCCUGAAGCUAUGGGUCUUCGUCCUCAUCCGCCUUCACUAAAUACCGUCAUCCCUUUGUAUCUUCAGCAGUGUCCUCAACUUUCUAUCUUCUUUCCUGGCUUCUCAACCCAACGUUAUACAUUUCAAAGGAUUGUCUCUAGUCAGGCGAUUCACUUUGGGCCAGUCAAUAUGAACGAAGACACUCAUGCAGACAAUGCCACAUUUGAUGAUUGUUCAUCUUAUUCAAGUAUGUACUGCUAUUGUAGUACAAUAUUUAUCCGCAAUAUAAGUAAUCAUAAUUAUUGUAAUUAUAAUGUAGUAGAGGUAAGAAUAAAUAUUUUUACAAACGGUAUUUAAUUAGUUUUA